AUGUCCGUCUCCGCCGGACACAGUUGCCGCCGCCGCCCGCGCCAAUCCGGUCAUGCCACGUGGGCUCCUCCGCCGCCAGCCGCCGCCGGCCCGCCCAAGCCCGCGGCAGGCCCGCCCUGGGCCGCGACCAGGCCCGAGCUUCCCCGCGCCCCUGCGCCGCCCGACUACCUCUGCUCCGUCGCCGCGCCUCCGCCGUCGGCGACCUCGCGCCGCCCCGCGCCGGCGAUCGCACCCGCCACCGCGCUGACCGGAGGUCGCCGCCGGCGACCCGCGCCUCCCCCGCCGGACCACUGCCGCCCCACCGCGCCCGAGGCGCCCCGCCUCCCCGCGCCCGAGGACGCCGCCUCCCCGACUACCGGCGCCUCCCCGAGCUCUACUCCAGCGCCCUCCUCUUUCCCCAUCUCCGGCGAGCACCCCGGCCGUCCUCGGUUCGCGGCCCGAUCCAGAUCCAGAGACGGUUGA